AAGUGAGAGGUCAGAAGAUAUAUUUUGAAGGCCGGCUGAUCCCCCUCACCUCAGUCUCAAGUUGUCGAACGAUUGGACCUGAUUGGACGGAAAAAUCAUUACAUUUUUGAAAGCCGCUAUUGCCAGCUGUGCCGGCGUUCAUAUUUGCCAUACGCUUUACGCAACAAAGAAGUGCAACACAAUGUCUGAGAAGCAUUUACAAACCGGUGAUGUUUUACCGCCGUACAGCGGUAAGCUCCGCUUAUUCGCGAUGAGAUUCUGCCCGUAUGCUGAGAGAACUGUCCUUGUUAUGAAUGCCAAGAAUUUGCAAUAUGAGACAGUAUUUGUGAACUUGGAUCAUAAGCCCGAGUGGCUUAGCAACUUCAGCCCCAAAGGUACAGUGCCAGCUCUAGAGUAUGAAGAUGGAAAAGCCAUAUUUGACAGCAACAUCAUCAAUGUUUACUUGGAUGAGAAGUACCCAGAGGUGCCUCUGCAGUCAUCGGACCCUCUCCGCAGGGCUGAAGACAAAAUUAUUGUUGAACUGUUCGCUGGGGCUCAAUCUGCAUUUUACACUGCUGCUUAUAACCCAUCAGCAUUGCAGCCCAAUUCAGUAGAAACGUACCACAAGGGCCUGGAGGCUCUUCAAUUGAAACUGAAGGAACGUGGCACAAAGUUCUUACACGCUGACACUCCUGGGCUUGUAGACUUCACAUUGUUCCCAUUCUUGGAGCGAUUUGAGGCUCUGCCCCUGGUUGGCAAGCCUGAAUUUGAAUUGAGCAAGACUAAAUAUGAGUUAUUGGUGAACUACCUCGAGGCAAUGAAGCAAGUUCCCGCAAUCAAGUCAUACUACUUGGACCCUCAGACUCACGCCAAGUUCAUUGAGUCUCGCAACAAGGGCGACGCCAACUACAACAUGUUGGACACCAGCGCCGUAUGCUGCAUGCGCCCUAGGAAGAAGAAGGAAUAAUCUAGAAACCCGACUGAACAAUACCUUAUAUUUAUAACGUAAUUUGGCAUAUAAUUCCAUAGUACACUAUAAUGUGCAAUAAAGUACAAGUUCAUUAUUA